UUAUCAUUCUUGUCUCCAGUCUACCGAAUUCAAUCGUAUGUAUCAAGAUACCACUACAUCGGAGCACCUUAUAACCAUGCCGGAUGUCAUACACAAUGAGGAACUGAGAGGUUUUCCCUUUUUACCAGGUGAAAACGAUGGUUUUGGUGAUCCUACACCAGAUGAUAUAGAUUUAACUAUUUUGCAAGAUCUGUUUGCCAAGAGCUCAUUAAAACGACCAGCGCAGGACGAUUUGUCUGAUAAUUUGGAUAAUAAAAAGACAAAAUUGGAUUUAUCGAAUGGUCAAACAAUUUCUGAAAAUGUUAAAAAUGACUGUUAUAUGCCGUCUAUUCAAAAAAACAUUCCAGAAAUCAUAAUAAAACGCGCUGCUGAGAAUGUUCCAUCUGAUCGUAAAAGAUUGAAAUUGGACUCAAAUGUCGAUGAAUCAGUUAUUGAAAAUAAUAUAAAUCAUGACAACAUUGAAACAGUCGAAAACACAUGCGAGAUGAUGCCUCCUCAACAAACAGUUGCGGACUUCUUAAAGGCUGCAGUGAACCAACAAAGCCGACAAAUAAAAAAGAAAAUAAAACACUCGAAACCAAUAAAAGAUGAAUGUAUCAAGUAUUCCCGAGCAGCACUUGCGGAACAUAGACUCCAAUACAGAGAGAUUUUGUUGGCCAAUUACAAGUCCAAAUUCAAGAUUCCCAAACAAGUUCCAAAUGCCAAACAAUUGUUAAGAGGCGUAGUAAAGGGAAAAAUUAAACAUAAACAUUUGGCUAAUUGGAAGACGUCAAAAUUGUCUACAAAUCAAAUGAAUAAAGACAAUGAAAAUAUAUUGAAUGCCAUAUUCGGAAAAGUUAACCUAGCAAAGGAAAUAUUCCAAAAAGAGGCAACAAUAUCUUCACAUGAAAUUCUUCCACCUAUGUCGUCACCGACACAUUCAGAUGUUGAGCUGAAUCUUGACGCAAUGAGUCCAUUGCCAAGUGCGGACGAAGCACAGGAGGGGCCAAAUACUCCUUUGCCAUUCACUGUCUUACAUGUGGCACAUGAGCUGAAUCAUGACGCAAUGAGUCCAUUGCCAAGUGCGGACGAAGCACAAGAGGGGCCAAAUACUCCUUUGCCAUUCACUGUCUUACAUGUGGCACAUGAGCUGAAUCAUGACGCAAUGAGUCCAUUGCCAAGUGCGGACAAAGCACAGGAGCGGUCAAUUACUCCUUUGCCAUUCACUGUUUUACAUGUGGCACAAUCGGAUCUUAUAAAGGUGGAAAUAUCCGAACUUACACCUAAUAAUAACAAUAUGUCUACAGUACACAACAUGAACCUUAGUUUUGACUCGGCAUUUAAUGUUAUGCAGCACUUACUAUGCAUUUGGCGUAAUAAUCCGGAAAUUAAAGAAAUUGAUGCAAAUAAGAUUAUAAAAUUUUCGAAAACACGCUUAGAGGUUGCUAAGAUUUUCUAUGAUUUGUUGUGCCUGUCACGUAAUAACUUUAUCGUUAUAUCCAAAAAGCAAAAUUCUUUAGAAAUGGAUAAAAUAACAUUGGGGUCGGAAUCAAUUCGACUUAUAUUAGACAUUUCGCUGGACGAAACAUGCCACCAAACAAAUGUAUCAUAAAUUGUUUGUGUUAUACAUAUUUGUUAUUUAAGUGAAGCAGACCUUAAUGGUAUCUCUUAGUUGAAGUGUUUAGAACUUAAAUGGUACAAAUACCAUAAAAUAGUUUUUCAUUUUUUUUCAAGCUUUAAAAAGGCGUUUGAACCUUUAAAUUUAGAUUAAUUUAACGAAGACUCAAAAUUGCAGGUUUAAGAAAAGUUUGAAGAAAAAUCCUUACAAUAAUUCCUAUUAUUAACAGUAUUCUUGAUAAAUUUUGUAAAAACAAAACCUAUCUAAGAAAUUAAUAAGGAAUAAGAAAGAAAGAAUGGCAAUUCCGAUCAAUCUUUGUUAAAGCAAAGUACACAUAG